CACUCUAAUGCAGCGAACAGACAUUGCUAACAGUUUCCCUCUUCGAUUCCAAAAAAACAUUGCUAACAAAGUCACUCUUAGCUGAUUAGAGUUUAUAUAUCAUCCCGAUGUAAACUUGCACUAGGACCAUAUGCUAGUCUAACCAUGUUCUAUGUUUUCCAGACUAUGGAAAAUCCGCUGGAAAGGAUUUUAUGGACGUUCCAGAACUUGAGGGCUGUACAACAGACUGCAAAUUUCGGCAAAUUCCCAAGCAUUAUGUCGAUAUUUUCUUCACUGAGAUUUGGUCCUCACAUUGAAAAACUCAAAAUUCAGGUAGUCAGGCCAGAAGUUGAAACUGACAAUGACGAUGCCAUCGACCAAGAUAUUCUUGAUGCACUGAUAUAUGAUGACCUAUUUGCUAAUCUCAAACAUGUCUCGGUGGAUGGUCCGCAGUACUUGCCAAAUGACAUGUGGUUUAUGAAGUUUCUGCUAUCAAAAGCAGGGCUGCUUGAAUACCUUUUUGUCAGUUUCAACCAUGGAGAAGAAACCAAAGCUUACGUGGAAGCAUGUAAAGAGUUGGCAACGUGUGAAAAGGCGUCUCCCGAAGCUAUGCUCAUACUAAGCCCUAGAGACAAGCCUACCCCAGAUAUUUAAACCCCUAAUCAUGUUAGUUGUUGCAUGCUUAAACCAUAGAUGAUACCAGAUGUGGUUUUCCUUUUUGAGGUGGACUUCACCAAUUGCCAUGUUUGUGACUUGUUGUUUCAGAUGCUCAUAUGAACAAUGCACAAGUAAUACCUCACAUCGCAAUGUUGUGGAUCGCUAUGAAUUUUUUAACAUUGGAUCUCUUGCUAGGAAACUGCUAGACAUUUAUUUAUUUUUAAUCACAAAAUUUAUCUGUUGGGCCACAUUGGAACCAGCUCUUAACUUGCAGAAUUCCUUCCACCCACCCAUGUUAGGCAUGUUGCACGUUCGUGGUGUAAUGUUUGCUUCUUAAAUUGGAUCACUUGUGGUGUGCCAUGAUUUAUUAGCACCCUACCCUGCUUAUCGUACAUAAGAUUUCUUCCCAAGUCUUACCACAGGUGUGACUAAUAAUUUUCUCCUUACAAAAGUUGUGACUUGCUAACACAUUUGAUACAAAAAGUGUGGCAAAUUUAGGCACCAACCAAACAGACUUGUUGUCUGAAGUCUUGUGUUCUCUGUCGUCUUGAUACUUGCACGUGCAUUAUUAUGCCUCCCAUCCUUAUGCACAAACCAAUUUUCAAAUGCAAAAAACAUGGAACACUAGACUUGCAACGCAUUCUCUAGCCAUCUACAUCCUUAUGUUUUUCCUCGACUUUGUGUUUGGAAGUUUGUAGAAGAUUGGAACAAUACUUGUUGAAGAUAAAUGUCUUUCCCCUUUUGCUGAAGGCCAAAAGUGUUUAGUUUGUUCUGAUAGUAAUCCGUACUCUUGGUAUCCUAAGUCCUUGUACCAUAUAUGGUCAGUAAUAAGAUAAAGUUUGUGGUCACUGGCCACAAGACCAAUUUUUAUCAGAAUCUCAAUCUAGUCCAUACAACCCUAUCAUUAACUGGAUCAUGUUCAACAUUGUAUGGAGCCUCUCAAAAUUAUCCUAGAAGGAGUCUUUACUUGGUAGAAUCUUAACCUGUA